CCUUGGCUCUUGCUUGGAUGGAGACACCUUAUCUUGCAUUUGCCGGUAUACUGUUCUUAAAUUACUCCAUGUACUUGCCUUCUGUUACUCACUCGGAAAUACGACACCAGUUCAAGGUCUAGCCAAGCAUCAUGAUCUACCAGUCACAGAAUCCCAAGAUCUCAUUCUCUCCCAAGCAGACCCUCUGGUCCUGGCUUCUGGAGUCCAAGCCUCUGUCUUCUGAUAGCAAUGCCCCAGGCUUCACUAAUGCUAUCACCAAAAAGCACAUCAGCUACCAAUCUCUCAAAGACUACGCAACAACUUUAUCAUCAGCUCUUGUUACCAACCAUGACCUUAGUCAGAAUGACACUGUUAUUGUGUUUGGGAAAAACUCCAUUUGGUACCCUGUAGCGACACUUGCUGCCGUUCGUGUUGGAGCAGUAGCUUGCGGCGUAUCACCAGAGUACACCGUUGAUGAGUUAUCUUAUAGUCUCAAAACUAGCAAAGCUAAAGUUAUCUUUGCGACGGUUGACAAUUUUGAUAAAGCCAGCGCUGCAGCAAAAAAGGUCGGGGUUGCGCCAAAGAAUGUCCUUUUGCUCGAGGGUUCCAGGCAAGGCGUCGCGAGCAUCCAGACGAUACUCGAAAACUCAAAGGCUCUCGUUCAAGCACCUGCAUUCCAAGUCCCAGAGGGAAAGUCAAACCGGAAUAUUUGUGCUUUUCUCUGCUUCAGCAGCGGUACUACCGGCCUUCCAAAGGCAGUCAUGAUCUCGCACGCCAACAUUAUUGCCCAAUGCAUCCAAAUCGAGGAUAUCACGCUCCCUAAUCACAACCGAGUUCUCGCAGCCUUGCCAUUUUAUCACAUUACGGGUAUAAUACAUCAACUACACCUGCCUAUUCACCUAAACGCCAAUGUCUAUGUCUUAUCCAAAUUCACACUGGACUCACUACUCAAGACUGUCUCUGACAACAAGAUCAAAGAACUUCUCAUUGUUCCUCCGAUAUUGAUCAGACUAGUCCGAGAACCGGAGCUAGUGUCAAAGUACGAUCUAUCUCAUGUUCAACGGUUCUCAUCUGGCGCAGCCCCUCUGUCUCGAGAGAUCUUGACUCUUAUUGAGAAGACUUUCCCUGGGACCGGUUUCAAGCAGGGCUACGGUAUGACCGAGUCGUGCUCAGCAAUUGUAUCGCACCCCCCUUCCAAGUACGCUUUUAAGUAUGCCGAUCGCGUCGGUAUGCUGGUGGGAUCAACUGAGGUACGAAUUGUGGAUGUUGAGACUGGUGAGGACUGCGAAGUUGGCAAGGCGGGUGAGAUUUGGGCUCGUGGACCACAAAUGGCCAUGGGUUACCUUGAUAACUCCGAGGCAACCGAAAGCACAUUCGACAAGGAUGGCUUCUUGCAUACUGGUGACAUAGGCUACUUCGAUAAUGAAGGGCUGCUGGCCAUCACUGACAGGUUGAAGGAGAUAAUCAAGGUCAAAGGCAUUGGAGUUGCUCCAGCAGAGCUCGAGGGCCUUCUUCUCGGACAUCCACACGUCGAUGAUGUUGCUGUGUGUGGUAUUUCCGAUGAGCGGGCAGGUGAAAGGCCCAAGGCGUUCGUAGUUCUCAAGUCUUCUGAAAUCUCAAGGCCGGUUGAAGCUGCAAAGGAGAUAUUUGAGUACGUCAAGAAGGAAAAAGCGCGAUACAAGUGGCUUGAGGAGAUUGAGCUUGUGUCCACGAUACCGAAGAGCCCGGCUGGUAAAAUUUUGAGGCGCAAGCUGCGAGACCUGGCUUCAAGCGGUAGCAAGAACGUGGUCGUUAGAGACCCUAGAGUUGUAGCUAAGCUGUAGAAGAGUGAGGAGCGAUGGAUUGGAGCUGACAUGAAAUACGCGAAUCUUCAUUUAUUGCUGGAUGUCUGUACUACUGUCUGAUAUGC